UGUGGAACAUAUCUCUGUAAAUCUUCCCUAAAAUUACCCGAAGGCAUAUAUUCCGCCUGUGAUGGACCCUCGGAAUACUGCUAUGUUAGGCUUGGGUUCUGAUUCUGAAGGGUUUUCUGGGAAAAGCCCCUCUGUAGUAAACAUUGGCACAUUGGUGGGAAAAGCAGAAAUAGAGCUAGAAAGUUGCACCAAGGAAGAAGACGAUAGUAAGAAGAGUCGGGAGGGGAACAGUAUCGAGAAUGGGAAGAAUGAGGCUCUGACUGAUGCACAGCAACAGUUUUCAGUGAAAGAAACAAACUUUUCAGAGGGAAACUUGAAACUGAAGAUUGGUCUUCAAGCAAAGCGAACAAAAAAGCCUCCCAAGAACCUUGAGAAUUAUGUGUGCCGGCCUGCCAUAAAAACCAGCAUCAAGCAACCAAGAAGGCCGCCAAAGAGUGGGAAGAUGACAGAUGAGAAGAACGAGCACUGUCCUUCAAAACAAGACCCUUCAAAGUCGUACAAGAAAGGUGCGGAAGUUGCAACAGUUGAAUUACAUGUGGAAGAAGGUAUACAAGUAGAAACAAAUCCUUUGUCUAAGAAAGUUUCCCCAUUGCACUCUGAAAUGACAGAUUAUAUAAAGUCAUCUCCUCCGACUCUUAUCAGUAGCCAUAAUUCUGAAUUAAAGGAUAGGACACAAAUUAACGGAGCAACAACUGUAACAGAAAAAUUGGCUCAACUUAUUGCAACUUGUCCUCCUUCAAAGUCUUCCAAAACAAAGCAGAAGAAGCCUGGAAAUGGAACUGCCUCUGGUUUGGUUAAGGACUCUGGGAAGAAGCUACCAGGAACCAUAACUGCAAGUGGGUUAGUUAAUAAAGAUUUGGUAAAGAAGUUGCCAGGAUCUAGUAUUGCCGUUGGAUUGGUUAACAAGGACUCAGGGAAGAAGCCAUUAGGGAUUGGUAGUGCAGCCAUAUUGGUUAACAAAGACUCUGGGAAGAAGCCACAAGGGAUUGCCCCAUUAAUUGGAUUGGUUAACAAGGACUCUGGAAAGAGGCCACCAGGGAUCAGCAUUCCAACAGGGUUAGUUAACAAGGACUCUGGAAAAAAACAGCCAGUGACCAGCUCUGCAGUUGGAUUAAUCAGCAAAGAUGUUGGGAGGAAACUUCCAGGUAUUGGCACUCCAACUGGAUUGACUAAUAAGGAGUCUGUCAAGAAGCCAGCAGGGAUUGGCACUCCGGCAGGACUGAUUAACAAGGAUGCUGGGAAAAAGUUGUUGGGAAUAAAUAGUUCUACAGGAUUGGUUAACAAGGAUUCUGGGAGAAAGAUGCCGGGGACUGGCAAUACGACGAUUCUGACUAGCAAAGACUCUGGAAGGAAGACACCAGGGAUUGGCAGCCCAGUGGGACCAGUUAACAAGGACUCUGGGAGGAAGAUGCCAGGAAUUAGCAGUCCAGUGGGAUUGGUUAGCAAGGACUCUGGAAAGAAGCCAACAGGAAUCAGCAGUCCAAUUGGUUUGGUUAACAAGGACUCUGGAACUCUGAAAGCAGACUCUCUUAUGCCUGCCUCAGAGCCCUUUAAGCUUCCUUGCAAUUCAAACCUCAGUAGCCUUGAAAGCCAUGAGACUACAGAUUUACUGAAGGAAAAUACUGCUGGCAAAACAUUUGAGAAGCAUAUUAUGAGACAGAAUAAAGAGAGUAUCUUGGAAAAGUUUUCAAUUCGGAAAGAAAUUGCUGAUGUAGGCAAAGAGAUGUUUAAUGAAGGAAUCUGCGUUCCACAGGAUGCUUACUCAACCAGUGAAAAAGGGAUUUAUGAAACAUCUAAGCAUGAAAAACAGCCUCCGGUAUAUUGCACUUCACCAGACUUCAGAACAGGAGGUGCUUCAGACGUAUCGACAGCAAAGUCCCCAUUUAGCGCGGUAGGAGAGGGAAAUCUCCCAUCGCCUUCACCCACAGUGUCUGUUACCACCUUAAACAGGAGCCUCUCAUCAGCUUCACAGUUAGCAUCUAACUCUUUGCAUUUAAGUUCCACAGCAGAUCUCUUAGAAGGUAUUUCAGAUCAGAUUGGCAAAACUCCGUUUUCUUCUGACAGUACACUUCUGAAUAUAAACAGAACAUUGAACCAUACUCUGAGCACCGAUUUUAAAGGUGCUGAUAAAGAUUUAAGUGAUUCAAAAGCUACUUAUGUAGAAACCUCAAGAACUAGUCCUUCUACAGGGAAAAAGCCCAUUUUGGCAGCUGAAACAAGCAUUCAUGCCACUGUCACUCCUUCAGUAGUUAGUUUUACAAGUUUGUUUAGUAGCAAGCAGUUCCUAAAGAUUGGUGCAAUAGCUGCAUCGGAUAAAUCCUGCCAAGGAGCAAAAAAUCUGAGCACUACUCAGCAAUCAAAACCUUUAAAGAAAAGAAAAGGAAGGAAACCACGAUGGACUAAAGUGGUGUCAAGAAGCGCGUGUCGGCCUCCAAAGGGUCUAGAACUAGAAAGGUCAGAGCUUUUUAAAAACAUUUCAUACAGUGCACUAUCAAGCAGUAAUUUGGAGCAGGCCAAAUUCUUGAAAAACGUAGGAUCGUCUUCAUUUGUGGAGCAUGAAUUUGUUACACAUCAGUUGCCAAAACUGAAUGAAGCUAACGGACAGUCUCUUGCACUGUUAGCUGAGACUGAUAAACAAACGCAAAAGUUCUACAGUACUCACAAACAACCCUCUAGUUUGUGUAUGUCAGAUGAUUUCUUACCUGACAUGUAUAAACCCAAAAGAGGAAGACCUAAAUCCAAGGAGAUGCCAGAGCUUGAAGGUCCCCCCAAAAGAACUCUGAAGAUCCCAGCGUCAAAAGUCUUUUCAGUGCAGUCAAAAGAAGAGCAAGAACCUCCAGUUUUGCAGCCUGAAGUAGAAAUUCCCUCCCUAAAACAGAGCUUAUCAGGACAACCUUUUCCUAAAAAGAGAGGGAGACCUAAAAGACAGAUCAGGUCAUCAAUUAAAAUGAAGCCACCUAUUCUUUCUGUGGCACCUUUUGUUGGAACAGAUAACUCAAGCAAGAUAGGCUCUGAAAGCGAUCAACAUCAAAGCGGGGAUUUUUUUGAGAGAAAGGACCAGCUCCGAGGGCCAGAAGAAGUCCAAAAACCUAAUAUUUGUAGCAUGACUGAUUUGGAAGUAGACUCAGACAGAAAAGUUGCCAAAAGAAAUAAUGGACAGUUAAUGAAAACAAUUAUUCGAAAAAUAAAUAAAAUGAAAACUCUGAAGCGAAAGAAACUUUUGAAUCAGAUUCUGUCUAGUACAGUGGAACCAAAUAACAAAGGGAAAGUGCAAUCUAAACUCCACAAUACAGUGUCAACUCUUGCUGCCACAUUUGGUUCAAAAUUAGGCCAGCAAAUAAAUGUCAGCAAGAAAGGAACAAUUUAUAUAGGAAAAAGGAGAGGAAGGAAACCUAAAGCUGUCCUGAAUGGUAUUUUAACUGGCAGUUCUGCCAGUUUGACAGUUCUUGAGAAGUCUGCUCAACAAGCUCCUGGUACAUCACUGGGACAAGUACUUCCCCAUUUGCUGCCUUCAACAGCUAAUAAUUCAGAAAUUCUUCCAUCUCCAGUUUGCUCCCAGUCUUCUGCAGUGAGUGGAGGACAGAGCCCUGUCAGCAGUGAGGCAGGAUUUAUUGAGCCCAGCUCAGUGCCGUAUUUACACAUCCACUCCAGACAAGGAAGUGUUGUUCAGACACUUGCGAUGAAAAAAGCUGCUAAGGGAAGGAGGAGAUUAUCUCCACCUACGUUGUUGCCAAACUCUCCUUCUCACUUGAGUGAGCUGACAUCGCUGAAAGAAGCCACUCCUUCCCCAGUAAGUGAGUCUCACAGCGAUGAGACGAUUCCCAGCGACAGUGGGAUAGGAACAGAUAAUAACAGUACUUCAGAUCGAGCGGAGAAGUUUUGUGGGCAGAAGAAGAAAAGGCAUUCGUUUGAUCAUGUUUCCCUUAUUCCACCCGAAACUUCCACCGUUUUAACUAACCUAAAAGAAAAGCAUAAACACAAAUGUAAGCGCCGCAGUCAUGAUUACCUUAGUUAUGACAAAAUGAAGAGACAGAAGCGAAAAAGGAAAAAGAAGUAUCCUCAACUUCGAGGUAGGCAGGACCCAGAUUUCCUCGCCGAAUUAGAAGAAUUAAUAAGUCGAUUAAGUGAAAUUAGAAUAACCCACAGAAGUCACCAUUUUAUACCACGAGAUUUACUGCCUACCAUUUUUAGGAUAAAUUUCAAUAGUUUCUAUACCCAUCCUACUUUUCCUUUAGAUCCUUUGCACUACAUUAGAAAACCCGAUUUAAAGAAGAAGAGAGGCAGGCCUCCAAAAAUGCGGGAGGCUAUGGCAGAAAUGCCUUUUAUGCAUAGUCUCAGCUUUCCUCUCUCCAGUACCGGGUUCUAUCCCUCUUACGGCAUGCCUUAUUCUCCUUCUCCCCUCGCAGCUGCUCCCAUAGGCUUAGGUUAUUAUGGAAGAUACCCUCCAACUCUUUAUCCUCCUCCACCUUCUCCUUCUUUUACUACCCCCCUGCCACCACCUUCCUACAUGCAUACAGGCCAUUUGCUUCUCAAUCCCACCAAAUAUCACAAGAAGAAGCAUAAACUUUUACGCCAGGAGGCUUUCCUCACGACAAGUAGGACUCCACUCCUGUCAAUGAGCACAUACCCCAGUGUUCCACCUGAAAUGGCUUAUGGCUGGAUGCUCGAACAUAAGCAUAGGCAUCGCCAUAAACACAGAGAACAUCGUUCUUCUGAACAACCGCAGGUUUCCAUGGACACUAUAACAGCUAAUAGCUCUUCUAGAACAGUUCUUGAGUCCUUGAAGCGCUACAGAUUUGGGAAGGAGGCUGUUGGUGAGAGGUACAAACAUAAAGAGAAACACAGAUGUCACAUGUCUUGUCCACACCUGUCACCUUCAAAGGGUUUGCUAAGCAGAGAUGAACAGUGGGUCAGGAGAGAGCCUUCGGAGUCUAAUUCGUUAGCACUGGGAUUGCAGACACCGCUACAGAUAGACUGUUCAGAAAAUUCCCCAGGUCUGUCCCUGGGGGGAUUUACUCCAAGCUCUGAGCCAGCCAGCAACGAUGAACACACAAAUCUUUUCACAAGUGCAAUAGGCAGCUGCAGAGUCACAAACUCUACCAGCACCAAUGGACGUAAAAAAUUAACUGAUAGCCCUGGACUCUUCAGUGCACAAGACACCUCGCUAAAUCGACCUCUCAGAAAGGAACCGUUGCCUUCUAUUGAGAAGGCGCUACAGCCCCUGUCAG